UAUAACAAAACUGAUAAUAUACCUCGAAUUAAACGAAGGCUUAAACCAACACCCCAUCAAAUGACACUUAAUUUUCAUAAAAAGGGUAAGAGAAAACAUUCGCGCUCUAAUCGUGAACAAAAAGAACAAGAUUCAAUGGACCUACCUCCCCAACCUUUGAAUGAAGUAAUUGAUCCGCCCCCUCAACCUUCGAAUGAAGUAAUUGAUCCGCCCCCUCAACCUUCGAAUGAAGAGUAUGGAGAUGUAAUGGAUUCGCAAAACUCUCCAUUUGGAGAAAGCAACGAACACCCUGCUCCACCCCAAAAUAACGGUGUGUAA